GACGGAGGAGGAGAUACUGGAUCGGAGAUACCUCCUGGGCUCUCGGGUUCGUCUCUGCUCUAGCUUUACCUGUCCGAAGGCAUUCGGUGCGCGUCGCUUGAGGUUGUUUCUCGUGGGUUCUCGUGGGCGCGACUCGUGACGGAGUGUUUUCGCGCUCGGCUCGCCCGUUGUGUUGCUGAAGAGCGGGAUUAUUAGACGAAGAAGGAGAGAGAGAGAGAGAGAGAGAGAGAGAGAGAGAGAGAGGGAGAGAGAGAGAGAGAGAGCGAACUCAUCGAAUGCUCGUUUCCACCAGCCGAUGCUCGUGUGUGCUUCGAUAAAGCGUUAUCAGCGAGGAGGGAACGUUCGUCGGGGAAAACGAGCGUUUACCUCGUUUAUUCUGGUGCGUUAGAAACCGCGAUGCCGCGAAGAUCUCGUGGCAUUUUGGUGCGCUGAAAGGUGGAAGGCGCGAUGUGACGUCGCACGCGCGCGCGCGCGCGCGAGACGCGGAGGUGAGACGGUGAUGUGCGAUCGAGGAUGAAGUCAUAUGUGUCGGAUACGUCGUCGUGUUUUCUUCGUUUCGGAAUGAUAAUACGUGACAUCAGUCGUUCUCGAGUGCUUAUCGCGCGCUACGUUGAUAAGACGUGUGCUCACCUGUGAAUCGUUCCUUUCAGCGACGACAAAGAGCGACUCGAUCGUCCUAGAUUUUCAAUGCGAGUGCGUUCGCGAGGUCGCGAGAGAGGAGCGAAGAGGAGCCGGGAGGCAGGAGAGGAAGCAUCAGCAGUCAGACUCGGACGGACUCGUGAUCAGCAUCUGUUCGUUCGCGAGCAAUUGCCGCACGCUGCACUUGGCAGUCCGCGAUAGAAAGUUUAUUCGCGUGGCGCGAUAAGCCGCAGACUGCGCUGCCUUCGCGAAGGCAGCGGGAACGUCUCUUCGUGCAAAGGAAAGCACGAGCGAUCGAGAUAGAAAGGCGGCUAUCGAGGCCGUAACAGAGACAUCCCGAUGAUCGAGCUGAAUGGGAGAGCCGAGAGGAGAAAGGAAUAAAACGGAAACAGCGGGAAACUUUAGUCGAAAAUCCAAGACCCCGCGUGCUGCCGGCCACGGCAGGAGGAUCGUUAACGAACCGAUGUAUCCGGGGAAUACACCUACGACGUGUAGUAUCCCGCAGCUGCAGAAUUGUAUGCAAAAGGCGUAUCGCAAACGCGCGGUUUCGCAAACGCGGCUCGCGAGCGAGCGAGCGAGCCGGCAGGAAGAAGAAUUUCGGCAAGCGGAGACGUCGAGCUACCAGUCCCCAUUAGCGGACCUGCGUGCGUAAGGAAAAAAAAAAAGAUUCCGACGGCGGAAAUUGUAUGCAAAAUCACAUUAGAGCAUCGCGAUCGCGAGCCGCUUGCGGGUAAAGAGGACGAGGUGGAGGAGAAACGAGACAGAGAGAGAGAGAGAGAGAGAGAGAGAAGCGGCGAAGAAAAAGAGAAACAAACGCUCGCGAUUGAGGGGACGCGGCAAGAUUGCGUGUGGAUUUCGCUGGCGCAACAUGGCCUAGAGACAUGUGCAGCGUUGCGCAACACUCGUGUCAUCCCUGAUAGCCCGCUACUUGACGAAACGCCGCGACGACGAGGCGUGUGGGUCAACGUUGAUCGAGCGGAACGUCGCGACCGCUGCGCCCGCAAGAGGAAACUCCCUCUCGGAGGGGGCACUCAAUCUUGUUAUCAUCGCUUUAUCUCUCGCCCUGCAGCCGGGAUCAAAUAUUGCCGUGACAAAUAUUGAAUCGGCACGUGUCCGAGGAAUUCGCGCCGGGGAAUUCCACGGGCGAUCCGACACCGCCGGCGCGAAGUGCGUCGCGAGAGACGUUUGUCUUUGGCAAACAGCAGACGCCUCGUUCACAGCGAAGUACAUCACGGCGUUUGGUACAUUCCGACGACUUGAAGACGACGGGAUCGCGUGAUAAGGACAACGAUAAUCGUCGCUUAUCUCGUCGUUAUCUCUCUGGCGAAAAGUUUCACGGAGCGGCUGUUCUUGUCCAUCCAACCAUCUCCCUCUCUCUUCCUCUCACGUGGCCGCGGGUGAAGGUACCUCGCGUUACCACUGACAUUUUAGUCGUUGCGAAGUAACACGCCGCCUUGUGUACCUUUACGAAAUUACGAGGAGCGCGCGAGCGCGCGCCGGGUCAAUCGGUCGAAAAAGCGGCGCGGGGUUUGCUCGCGAUGAUAAUCGCGAGGCUAUCUUCCACACCUGAACCUUUCGUCACGGGUUCGUUGCCGGCUCGUUCUCACGCCUCCGCCGAGUGCUGCGCAUAUUUUUCCAGCGAGCAGUCCGGAGUCUAGCCUCCUUGUGAGCGCAGGAAAUCGCCGGGCAUGGCGUGAAACCGGCGCGCUGCGCCUGGCCAAUGAAAAUGCAGUCGUGCGGGUGAUCUAUUGUCCCGGGUGAAGCUGAUUUCGAGAACUUCGCAUCAAGCCGAUACCUGUACCUUCAGGUGGCCUGCGUGGCUCACGCGCUCUCAUUGUUGCACGCUCGAAAUCGUGUCACCGUGGAGAAUGCGAUAGUCGACUUAUAAGACCCGAGCGGGAAAAACAGCGGAAUGCAGCUGGCGACCAGUCAGAGGCCUCACCCGCCUCCGGUGCCACCUCGGCCGAGUCGACAGGUGGUUGCAGAGGCCCUUAAGAGAUCGCCAAGGCCGCCCUGUCCCAUCAGACAGGCCCCGCCGCCGCCGCCGAACACGAAGCCCUGGAGAUCCAAUCAGCAGCAGCAGCAGCAGCAACCUCAGCAGCAACAGCAACAACAACAGGUGUCGCCAACAGGCGGCCGUACAAUCGUGUACGAGUCCACGAAGGAGUGUUUGAAGGACAGCAAGGACGAAAGCGUGUUCAACGAUAAGAAGCAACAGGACCACCGCAAGCAGAACGCGAGCAUUAACAGGAAUGCCGAGGACAACUGUUCAGAGAAUCCCACGGCGGAUCGGCGCAGGUCGAGUGAUGGCAAGGUCCUGGCCUCGUCUCACGACCAUCAGCAGCAGCAACAUGAAGGUUCAAGCAUCUCGGAGAAAUCUCAGGCGUUUUACUCCGUAGGAAACCUCGCGGGCAACGUGCUGCGCAAGCGAGACAGCCUGACCGAAGAGCAACGGCCGCGCAGGCCAUCGGAGAUUCGAAGGAACUCCCGCGGCAAGGACCAGGUUCAUCCAGCGGACCAUCGAACUUGGUACAAGGACUCAGCCGGCAUAGAGCAACGGAAAGAAGACGCGGUAGUUCCGACGGAGAAGGUCGAAAUGGCGGUGGUCAGCUCGAGAGAUCGGCUGGAGGCGACGUCGAGGCCGCCGCCGCCGCCGCCGGUGGCUGCCAGGACCAACGUGUCCUUCGAGGACGAAUGUCGCGCGUCUUCCGGUCCAGAUUUCGCUGGCGGGCAAGUCGCAGUGAGUCACUCGGAAAAAUGCAGCCCCGAGAGAGAGGCGAACGGCCACGAUGCUCGGUCGACGCCCACGUGCAGAUUGUGCCCUGGUGAACAGCAGCAGCAGCAGCAGGAAGCGUCCUUGGCGAGUGAAAAGGCUAUCAGGAACAGCGCCGAGGUUGCGAUCGAGAGAUCAGGCGGCGGCGACAUCCCGAACGUUGACCGCGCCGCGACAGUGCUGGUCGUCGACGGCGACGAAGCAGAGCGUAAAAUCGCGCUCGACGAUGACGACGACAACAACGACAACGACAGCGACAACAACAUCCACCGGCAGGAUUGGCUGGAGGCGGGGAUCCGUUACUCCUCCACGCAGAUCACCCUGCACGGCGACGGCGACGGCGACGGCGUCGGCGACGAGGACCGCGUCAACGGCUACGAUCAUCGCGAGGAGGAGAGAAUUACCGACCUUGAUUUCAUCAGCAUACAAGAAAGGAUCGCGAUGUCUUCCCUGCAAGGAUUACCUCCGUUACCGAGGAGUCUGAGCGGCUUCAACCUGAGCGGCGGACGUGGCGAGAGCGGAGAGCCGCCUCCACCGCCCACGAGGUCGUCCAGUAAAUCCCAGAGAGGCGGUAAAACGUCGGUGCAGUCGUCGUCGAGGCCGUCGCCACCUGCCAGGCAACUCACCACCCUGGACACUCAGCUGGCGGUGCUCAGGAGAGAAAUGUUUGGCCUGCGGCAGCUCGACCUCUCGCUACUGUCCCAGCUGUGGUCCCUGAACGAGUCGAUCCAAGAGUUCCGGCAACUGCUGCAGGAGCAGGAGGACCGGGCGCCCUCGCCGUCCCCCAGCAGCGAGGAAGGGGACGACACGUCGUACGGAGCGCAUCCGCCGCCGCCGCCGAGGCGGCCAGCGCCCACGCUGCACCAUCAUCGACCACCGCGACCACCCAGACCACCCAGGCCGUCACCCAGCGACGAGUCGCCGUCGAGCGAGGAGUACGGGGCCGUUUGACGUAUCGUCACCGAGAGGAAGAAACACACCAGGCGGUCCCGGUCGUAUCAACGUCCCUAACAUGUCCCGGGCGCCGGUUGCUUCAGAACGCGAGAGAAAGUCUCGGGACCAAUGUGGACACCGAGACAACGACGAUGACGCCGUAAUCUCGAGCGUUUUGUUAGCCCGACAACACCGGAGAGGACCGGUGGUCGAUAGAAUGACGUCCCGCGAUCGCGAAUUAUAUAGUGAUCCCAGCGAAAGUACCUGCGAGACACCGCUCGAAGAGCCAUUCGAGAUCGCGAUCUAUGCUUGCCCUUUUUCUCUCGUCGAGUCGCAAUUGAGGUUGACGAUCGCAGCCGACCUGCGAGGUAGCUUGCGAAGUCGCGAUCGCGCGAACGAUGCUGUCCACGCGACUGUGCGGGGGAAACUAGAUCGCUUCUCGUCAGCCGUCGCUCAAGGAGCCAUUCGCGAGACACUUCGCGAUCUCAGACACUGCGCGCUGCGGCGCGCUUUGGCGACCGAUUGGACCUAUGAUCGAGUCGAGUCGACUCGAGUUCGCUUCGCGUGUGCAUGCACGAUGCGGCAAUCACGGCUUCACGGUGUCGCCGGGGAAAGAGUGUCGAUUUGCCAAUUUGCGACAACGACGUUCCGCGUACGUGCGCGUCGCGCACUCUGGACAAGGAGAGACUCUCGAUUGCCGCGAGCGAGCGACAGGGAGAGAGAGCGAGCUGAUUUCAGCUCGACGCGCACUCCUCUCCACUUGUGAUAGCGCUCGAAGGGGCCUUUGAUUAAUUGAUAAUCGCGUCCGUUUGGGCGGAUUAAGAUUCCUCCGAGACUUCCUCGCUCCGCCAGGGGCGAGCGACCUUAAUCGAUCCGAGCCCGCUGCACCGCGCGCGAUCCUUCGAGAUUCGCUUGCCAAAUGUCCUUGGCCCUUAUUACUCGUUUGAUCCUGCGUGUUUUUUAUACCGUCGCGUCCGUCGUUAAGCUUCUAUCUUCCUGGAAUUGUAUCCCCUUGUACACGUUCGCCGACACCUGUCGGCUCCACACACGAAUCGUCCCUCGCGCAGCCAUCUUAUGACACGAUUGUACAUCUGCGCGAACGACAUUCACCGAAUCGACAGUCGUCGGUGAGUUUGUACGGAAUAAUGGCGAGCCCUCGGUCGACGUCGUACACGCGGACGCGCAGCAAGUGUCGUGUUCUCGGGAGAGUCGGGGGCAUCGCGCGACUUUCCGGCGCACCUUGCAAGCAUGUCGCCCGCCGACCUGAGCCGACACGAGCGUCCGCGCGCGCGCGCGCGGCGCUCCUGGGUGAACUAGAAUCCUCAAUGUUCCGCGACGUCCUUUCGCGUAGAUUAGCUCGAGCUGUGUGUAAAGAUACGUAAGAUUAUGCGAAAUAAAUGAGACUUAAUUUAAAUACA